GGCAGCUUUAGAGGAGUGGGCUGAGAGGCUCUGAGACAGAGCAGGACCCAGCAGGACCUGGGAGAGUCGGGUUUAGACUGGUAACCGAGAUGCUGAAUGACGUCAUGUAAACAUAGGACCACAGUGUGAUGAGUGUUGACUGGACAAGUCACCAAAGAAGUCUUUCUGAUUCUGAACCUUCCAGCAUGGACGGAAGACAGGCUGAGACAGGGGAGCUGUCUCUGAACUUCAGUACUAAGGAUCCUAACACCAGUUGGGUCGGUUCCUGCGGUAACGGCUCGUGUCGGUCGUCCUGGCGACCAGGAUGCUCCUACGGCACAGCCGGACUGGUCCUCAUUGCCGUGUUCACCGCCUCCCUCAGCAUCCUCACCGUCCUCGGCAACGCUCUGGUGAUGCUGUCAAUCACAGUCAACAAGCAGCUGCAGACCAUCAAUAACUACUUCCUGUUCAGCCUGGCGUGUGCGGAUCUGAUUAUCGGGCUCCUUCCCAUGAACCUCUACAGCCUCUACCUCAUCAUGGGCUACUGGCCGAUGGGAGCUGUAGUCUGUGACCUGUGGUUGGCGCUGGACUACGCGGUCAGUAACGCCUCGGUCAUGAACCUCCUCCUGAUCAGCUUCGACCGCUACUACUGUGUGACCCAGCCUCUGGUCUAUCCGGCCCGGCGCUCCCCUAGGGUGGCCAGGGGCAUGAUCGCGGCGGCCUGGCUGCUCUCCUUCUUCCUCUGGGUGCCUAUCAUCCUUCUGUGGCAGCACCUGCACCACACGCUGCCUGAGGGGAAGUGUUACAUCCUGCUCCUUGCCAGCCCCACUGUCACCCUGGCAACCACCCUCCCCUCCUUCUACCUCCCUGCCGCCAUCAUGAUAGUCCUGUACACCCGCAUCUCCCUGGCCAGCAGGAGCCGGCUGGCCGAGCUGCGCUUGGAGGGCAGGAAGAGGGGGACCUCUAGUGGUGGAUGCCGGCGCGGCACGCGCAGGAAGGGUGGAGCUGUGUCCUCUGAGAUGGAGAGGGACUGGGACAAGGUUCAUGAGGUCGCCUCCGUUGAAGUUGAGACCAGUGUCGGGCCGAAGCAGGACGCACGUCUCUCAAACGCUCCUCUUGAUUGUACAGGGGAGGCCAAAAUAGAAACCACUUCUGAUAUCCCUCACGCAGCGCUCUCACCCAGAGAGACCACGCCAGAUGCCACACUCUCACCCAGAGAGACCACGCCAGAUGCCACACUCUCACCCAGAGAGACCACGCCAGAUGCCACACUCUCACCCAGAGAGACCAGAGCAGUGUUCAGCCACCCCACCACAGUGGUUCAACCACGCCCUCCUCACAACGACUCCUGUGGAUCAGAAGCGCUGCAGGCUCUCCCCAGGUCCAGUAGGAGCCAGGCGAAGACACGGAGGCGGGUCGGAGUGAGGGAGAGGAAGGUGACCAGGACUGUCUUAGCUAUCCUGCUGGUCUUCCUCCUCACCUGGACCCCCUACAGCGUCAUGGCCGUCAUUGGAACAUUCUGUCACUACUGUGUGCCUGACACCAUGUGGACCCUGGGAUACUGGCUCUGCUACAUCAACAGCACCAUCAACCCUGCCUGCUACGCCCUCUGCAACCCCACCUUCAGAAGAACCUUCCGCAACCUUCUACGGUGUCGCUGCAGGAACAUGGGACGGAUGUGCAGGUGAAUGGGACGGAUGUGCAGGUGAAUGAGACGGAUGUGCAGGUGAUUGGGACCGAUAUGCAGGUGAAUGGACCGGAUGUGCAGGUGAAUGGGACGGAUGUGCAGGUGAAUGAGACGGAUGUGCAGGUGAAUGGGACCGAUAUGCAGGUGAAUGGGACGGAUGUGCAGGUGAAUGGGACGGAUGUGCAGGUGAAUGAGACGGAUGUGCAGGUGAAUGGGACCGAUAUGCAGGUGAAUGGGACCGAUGUGCAGGUGAAUGGGACGGAUGUGCAGGUGAAUGAGGAUAGGAUAUCCUCAUAAUAAAAUACGGUUUGUUUGUCAAAACAAUUCUGUUCACUGUUAUUCUGUCCACAUAGUGACUUCAUGUGAUGAUGGCAAAAUGCCAUAGAGAUGUUUGAUUAGGAGUGAUUAGUUAGCUGUGUUGGAAAUCCUGUAUUACAACUGAAAUAUUACAUGUUUCAAUACCAGUAUCAUUUGUGGAAAGUGAUAUUUUUUUCAAAGUGUGCCUCCGGUUUUUAUUGCAUUGUACUGUAUAUAUUCAAUAUGCAUAGAUACAUUGUAUGAAUUCAUUUUCAUAAUAUAAAUUCAGACAUACCAAACAUAUCGUUGUUAAACAAAAACAGUACAGUUUUAAUUUGUCUUUUUAAACAAACCUCAUUUGUAAUUAUGCCACAAUGUUUCUUCUUUGAUAUCUUACACACUUGCAAAACCUAUUAAUCUACAAUUUUCUAGCAUAGAACUCAUUCAAUAUAUUCAGUAACACCCUCAAUCAUUGUAGAAGCAUUACGAUAUUUUUCAUUGCAUGAUUUGGAUGUUAAUUACCUAAAGCUGUGUAACUAUCUACAAAUGUUUGAGUUCUUCAACAUUUUCAGUUAAAACAGGUGAUAAACUCUUGACUAAAUGAUGACUGAAUUAGGUUUCAUCGUUCCCUAGUAAAAGUAAUAUUUAAAAAGUUUACACCUUUAAUCCAAAAAAGCAAAACAGAAACUACCCUGUGUGGUGACCAGACGUGACACACAGGAAGGACGGGGGGGGGGGGG